AUGGCCAAGCUCUGGUUCAAGUUCCAGCGUUGUUGCCGGUAUUUCCGCAGGAAACCCGUGCGCUUCUUUACCCUACUGGCUCUCUACCUGACCGCUGGGAGCCUCGUCUUCCUGCACGCAGGCUUCGUGGGCCAGCCUGCUGUGCCCCAGGAUCAGGCCAGCCCUGCAGCUGGAAGCCCGGCAGAAGGAGCCGAGCUACCCUUCCUGGGCGACUUGCACCUGGGCCGAGGCUUCCGGGACACUGGGGAGGCCUCCAGCAUUGCACGCAGGUACGGACCCUCAUUCAAAGGCAAGGAGACCAGCGAGAGAGCCAAGCUGAGCGACUACGGAGGAGCCUGGAGCCGAGCCCUCAAGGGGAGGGCUGUCCGGGAGAAGGAGAAGGAAAAAGAAGAAGAGAAAGCCAAGUACAUCGGCUGCUACCUGGACAACACCCAGAGCCGGGCCCUGCGAGGGGUAUCCUUUUUUGACUACAAAAAGAUGACAGUCUUUCGUUGCCAGGACAACUGUGCUGAACGGGGUUACCUGUAUGCCGGGCUGGAGUUCGGCGCCGAGUGCUACUGUGGCCACAAGAUCCAGGCGGCCAACGUGAGCGAACCCGAGUGUGACAUGGACUGCAAGGGCGAGCGAGGGAGCGUGUGUGGCGGGGUCAACCGCCUCUCGGUCUACCGCUUACAGCUGGCCCAGGAGUCUGCCCGCAGGUAUGGAAGUGCUGUAUUCAGGGGCUGCUUCCGCCGACCGAACAACCUCUCCCUGGCCUUGCCUGUGACAGUCGCCAUGCCAAACAUGUCUGUAGACAGGUGUGUGGACCUCUGCACAGAGAAGGAGUACCCCCUGGCAGCUCUCGCUGGCACGGCUUGCCACUGCGGCUUUCCUACUACACGAUUCCCUCUUCAUGACCGGGAGGAUGAGCAACUGUGUGCACAGAAGUGCAGUGCUGAAGAGUUUGAGAGCUGUGGGAACCCCAGCUACUUCAUUGUGUACCAGACACAGGUCCAAGACAAUCGGUGCAUGGACAGAAGGUUCCUCCCAGCCAAGUCUAAGAAGCUCAUUGCACUCGCCAGCUUCCCGGGCGCCGGCAACACUUGGGCCCGCCAUCUCAUUGAGCUGGCCACCGGCUUCUACACCGGCAGUUACUACUUCGAUGGCUCUCUGUACAACAAAGGGUUCAAAGGUGAGCGAGACCACUGGCGUAGUGGGAGGACCAUUUGCAUCAAGACCCAUGAGAGUGGCCAGAAGGAGAUUGAAGCCUUCGAUGCAGCUAUUCUGCUCAUCCGAAACCCCUACAAGGCCCUCAUGGCCGAGUUCAACCGCAAGUAUGGAGGCCACAUAGGAUUUGCUGCCCAUGCCCACUGGAAAGGCAAAGAGUGGCCUGAGUUCGUGAGGAACUAUGCCCCAUGGUGGGCCACACACACGCUGGACUGGCUCAAGUUUGGCAAGACAGUACUAGUGGUGCACUUCGAGGAUCUCAAGCAGGACCUCUUUGCCCAGCUGGGCCGAAUGGUCAGCCUGCUGGGCGUGGUGGUCAGGGAAGACCGGUUGCUGUGUGUGGAGAGCCAGAAGGAUGGCAACUUCAAGCGCUCCGGGCUCCGCAAGCUGGAGUAUGACCCAUACACGGCCGAGAUGCGCAGGACCAUCGCCGCCUACAUCAGGAUGGUAGACACAGCACUGCGCAGUCGCAACCUCACAGGGGUGCCCGAUGCCUACGGCCCAAGAUGA